AGAGCGUUUGUCACUAAUCAUUAAUUGCACGGAGUCACCGGGUCGAAUUGCAUUUUGUAAAAUAAAUAAUAACACAGUUGUAAAUCUGUAAAUGUAAACAAAAUAUACUAAUGGGCAAGAGAAGAGAAUCUACUAGGGAAAAGACCGAAAGAGAUGAAUCUCCAGAAAGUAUCCAUUCACCACCAUCUCACAAAAAACAUAAGAAGCAUAAGAAAAAGCAUAAGAAGAAAACAAAUGAUGAGACGGACAACAGCUCGGACAUUGGUUCCCCUAAAGGUCCGCUUAAACUUAAAUUAAAAAUUGGUGCAGAAACCCUUGGGACAAAAAAUGUUGUGACAGUAACUUCAGAACAAGCAGAUACAAUUGUAAAUGUAACAGAUGAUCAAUGGGAAGUAGAUGAACGUGACCCAACUAUAAAAACAAAGAAGCCUGGAGAUGAGACGUCGGACGAGGAGAAAGAAUGGUUGACAGCAUUAGAGAAAGGAGAGUUAGAUGAUUAUGGUGAAGUCAGCAAGGGAAAAAAAGAUCCUACCUUAAUGACAGCCAGACAGCGUGCAUUGAAGCAUGGUACUCAAGAUCAAGAACUCUUGCAAUUACCAACAGGUUACAGACAAGUAGAGCUUACUGAAGAACAGCUGAAAAGACGUGAACAGAGAGCCAACAAACGUAAACAAAUGGCCCAAGAAAAGAGAGAAAAAGAUAAGAGACAAACUAUAGACAGACUUCUUAAAAAGCAAGAGAGUCGAUUUAAAGGAAAGGGGAGAGGAGGUAGGAAAACAGAUGCACCAAAAGUUACCUAUGUCAACAAUAUAUCAGGGAUAUCAGUGUCUGUGCCAGAGGGGAUACAGUUUCCAUUUGAACCUCAGAAGUCUGAGAAACCUCGUCCUAAACCAAAAUGUGCAGUCAAAGGCUGCAAAAAUGACAAGAAAUAUUCGUGUUCUAAAACAGGUACAGCAUUAUGUAGUCUCGAGUGUUACAAGAAAAAUUUAAGUUUUCAUAAAUUGACUCCACCUUCUUUAGUGACAACUUGAAGGAUUAUAAACAAUGUCUAUGUAAAAUUUAGGAGGAAGAACUUUGUUUUCGGAGGGAUACGAACAACUUUUCAUGACUUAGAAAAUUGAAAUCUGGCAGAGUGACACCACAAGGAAUCUGGUACUAAGGCAGAGUGUAACAUCAAAGUAACAUGAUUGUGACACCAAAUUGUGUAAUCAAAUCUAAGAGACUAUGUUGAUAUCUGAUAUGUGAAUCAGUGUACCACAAAGUCUAAAGAUGUUAAUGAAUUAUUGCACCAGAAAAUGCAGCAUGUGACAUUUAAAGUGUAAUACAAAAUCUUUUAUGUUAAUGUACUACGAAAUGUAUCAUGUGAAAUU